AUGGACUCCUACUCUUUCGCGACUUCGGAUGCGCUCGACCAUCCUGUCAGCAUCAGGAUAAUCGGUCUUGAGGGAGACGAGCCGCCUUUUCGCCAGUCUACGCUUCUCGAGAGCCCGGCGCUCCGCCAUGUUGGAUCCAACAUAAGCCCCCAUUCCGAUCUCUACGUGACAGUCCAGGUUUGGGCAGGAUCCAAACCACUUACUGUCCCCAUCCAGACUGCGUAUAAGUCGUUUCGAUCGGAGAGAAGGUGGAACGAAUGGUUGACCCUUCCGAUAACCUACUCGAACUUGCCUCUUAAUUCAUGCCUUGCGAUAACGUUGUGGGAUCUUUCCCCGGCGAGCGAAACCCCCGGAAUCGGCCACACCAUACCCUUCGGAGGCACUACGCUGCCCAUGUUCGACAAGGAUAACCAGCUCCAGAAAGGAAGGCAAAAGUGUACAGUCCACAGGCAUAAGAAAGCGGACGGAAACGAUAACACGAUAACUCCCGCGUUUGAAUCCAAGAAGAGGGGCGCCGCUCGAAAGGGCGAACUGGCGCCUGUGGACAAAGAUGCCGAAGAGCAGGAGAGGAUGGAGAAGCUGUUUAAGAAGCACGAGAUGGGCGAGAUUCCCAGAGUUGAGUGGCUUGACCAGCUGGUCUUUCGCGGGUUCGAGAAAAAAACAGCAAAUGCCUCGAUCAGAGCCAUGCAACGCCAGCGCAUAGGCACCAGCAACGAACUGAACGCCGACGCGAAAGCUCUCGCCAAAACCAACGGCGGCCCAAGCGCUCUCGCCGAACGGAACAGCCGCCCAUCGAAAUUCGUCCUGAAUGUCGAACUCCCGCGUUUCGAUUUCCCCGUCGUCUUUGCUGACCGAGAAUACCCACCACCGGCCAUAUCUACACUUCAACACCUAUCGAUCUCCCAGUCGAACGUACUGAAGCCGCCGCCGGAGGUCCAGUUCGGCCCAGGAAUCAACGCCGUCGGCGAUGCCUCGGCCAACUCAAAUAACCGCCUCGUGAGGAUAUAUGAUCCGGAAGUUGGGGCCCGCGACAACCCAGCCGAUGCCAAGCACCGAAGGCUGUUCCGAAGUGCACAUAGAAACGGAAUUAUGGAUAAGGAUCUAAAGCCGAACGCCAAGGUGCGAGAUGAGUUGAACCUCAUCAUGUCCUACGGCCCCACUCACGCCCUUACCCCAGAGGAGAUGGACAUGGUUUGGAAAUUCCGCUAUCAUCUCACUAGAGAUAAGAGAGCCCUCACCAAGUUUGUGAAAUCUGUGAAUUGGCAAGAAGCUACCGAAGCAAAACAAGCUGCCCAGUUACUUAACAGGUGGACCGCGAUCGAUGUUGACGACGCACUGGAGCUUUUCGGGCCAUCUUUCGACAGCCCCAUCGUACGAGCCUACGCGGUCGAGAGGCUACGGAAAGCCAACGACCAUGACUUGCUACUUUACCUCUUACAGCUCGUGCAGGCGCUUAAAUAUGAGCACAUCGUUGCUUCCGGUGAAGAGGGCACACAGGAUUCAUCUCUGGCCCGCUUCCUCAUAGCGCGCGCAGCAGACAACUUCAAACUUGGAAAUUACUUCCACUGGUAUCUCAUGGUGGAAUGCGAUGAUAGCAGUCCCGAUCAAGACAUAGACUACCGAAACAUAUACCGCAAGGUGGCGUAUGACUUCAUGGUAGAACUUGUUAAACGGCCCAAUGGCGCCGAGAUGAGGAAGGCGCUGCUCAGACAGGCAGAACUAAUCACCAUCUUAUCGAAAAUCUCGGGCGAUAUCAAGUUGUCUAGCGAGUCCAUUCCCAAGAAAAUCGAGAGAGUCAAGCAUUUCUUGCACGAUCCCAAGAAUGAGCUUCUUCAUAUCGACCCACCCUUACCUCUUCCUCUAGACCCGGAAGUCAAGGUUGUCGGCGUUAUUCCGGAGGAGACGACGGUUUUCAAAUCGUCGCUCUGCCCAAUCAAAGUGACUUUUAGGACGGCGACGGGCGGACGCUACCCCAUCAUCUUCAAAACGGGAGAUGACCUCCGGCAGGAUCAGCUCGUGAUCCAGAUUAUCACUUUGAUGGACCAACUUCUGCAAAAAGAGAAUUUGGAUCUCAAGCUAUCGCCUUACAAGAUUCUGGCCACGAGCACGACCGCCGGAGCCUCGCAGUUUGUCCCAUCCGUCAGCUUCCAGAGCAUCGCGUCCAAAUACAGCAACCCAGCCUUGACUUAUCUCAAACAGAACAACCCGGAUGACAGGGAGCCUCUCGGAAUUCGUUCCGAAGUCCUCGACACGUACGUCAAGUCCUGUGCAGGCUAUUGUGUCAUCACAUAUAUCCUAGGCGUUGGUGACAGGCACUUGGAUAACCUGCUUCUUGCGCCAGAUGGACACUUCUUCCACGCCGACUUCGGAUUCAUUCUCGGCCGCGAUCCCAAACCAUUUGCACCGGUCAUGAAGCUGACUAAGGAAAUGGUGGACUGCAUGGGCGGUGUCCAGUCAGAACACUACAAGAUGUUCAAGCAGUACUGCUUCCUGGCAUAUGCGGCUCUGCGAAAGUCAUCGAACCUCAUUUUGAAUUUAUUCAGUCUUAUGGUCGAUGCCAAUAUCCCUGACAUUAGACUUGAGCCGGAUAAGGCCGUCAUCAAGGUCAAGGAGCGGUUCCAUCUUGAGAUGGGCGAAGAAGACGCCAUCCGCUGCCUGGAGAGAGUGAUUGAAGACUCACUUCAGGCACUUGCUCCUGUUGUUAUAGAUAAACUUCACGAACUGGUUCAGGCUUUCAGGGCAUAG